AUGAUAAGACGCCACAACCACUGCAUAAUUUCUUAAAAAAUGAUCAUGUGGCCUGCACUGCCGCCCUGGCGAACUCUGGUGGCGAUACUGGGGAAGACCAAAAGACCAAAAAACUAGCUAUAGCGAUAGCAAAAUUACGUAUUG